AUGGCAAACUUUGGCAACUUGAACAAAGGAAUUCUCGUUAUUAUUUUUGAUAUUGCCUCAAAGCAUUCACCUCCGGAAACAUAUGCAGUGGAUUCACAUGUCUGCCUACUUCAAUUCAGCCAAGUAUGCCGGUCUUGGAGGACCACUGUAGCCCCCUAUUGCUAUUGCACUGCAGUCAUGGCGUAUUCUGAUCACCACUUUGCACAUGGGGGCCAGCUAGGCUAUCCAUCGCAGGGUAGUAACAUAAUCAUAGAGACUAGUGGCGGCUCGACCUCUCACAACGCCAAGAUAUGGAGGUCGAAUAUUCCACACAUUAUCCAAUCAGGAAACAACACUAAGGUUAGACGCCUGGUAGUUUCAUCUCAGGUGUGCAGAAUCGACUACGAAACGCUUGGUGUUGCACUGUCUAGUUUUGGAUUCGGCACUGUCAACUGGUCAUCACUCCAGGUGCUCAUAUUUACCGAUGCCGCCAACCUGAUACUGGUUGCUGAUGACAGACAUACUAGCCUUGAUGACCCCUGUGCCAGCCCUAUCAACACCUCGGACUUUCUACUGGCAUAUGCUCCAAAUGUUAACCGGCUGAUAUAUAUUCCCCCCCGAUUCAAAUAUGGCAACCAAGUUGUAUUUCCGAUCGGCCGAAUUCUCAAUAGUUAUAUGCCACAGCUGGAAAGGGCGCUAUUAAUGAGCUGGGAGCCUGUUAAUUUUGACUAUUACUAUUUCCCUCAACAUCUAACUAUACUGAAGCUACAGCUCAAUAGUGAAGCUGUCGAGUGCCUUCCAAAGAUAUUCGCAUCUUCGCUUACAAGUUUGUACUUAUUUUACACAGACACAUAUCACUCAUGGCACAUUUUCUAUGAUACCUUGCCUGGUCCUAUUAUCUUCAAAUCUUCUUAA